UGGCUCGGUUGUGCUUAUGGUAAACUGCAGGCAUUAGAGCUCAAAUGCAGACCUGGCUGGAAAGUGACUUUAGCUGCGUGAACAUUUCUUCACUGGAUACUUUGUAACGUCUCCUUUUGCUCAAUUAUUGGGCGUUUGAUAACAUUCUGGAGAGAGUUCCCGUAACCAAAUCAAAAUAAGUGUGUUCUUCAGCGUGUGGAGCCUGCCCCCACACACGGUACCUGCCAAACCACGGCCUUUACUUGUGUGUUUCGGUGUUUCCCGUGCGAUCCUUCCUGCGGGAGCGCCUCGUGGGCCACGCCAGAGUUUACUCAGCGCUCAGUGGCUCCAAUGGUGAAAAUGACAAGGUCCAAAACUUUUCAAGCCUACCUACCCUCUUGCCACAGAACGUAUAGCUGCAUCCACUGCAGAGCUCAUCUGGCAAAUCACGAUGAGCUGAUUUCAAAGUCUUUUCAAGGAAGCCAAGGUCGGGCAUAUCUAUUCAAUUCUGUUGUUAACGUGGGUUGUGGGCCUGCGGAAGAGCGUGUGUUACUCACUGGGCUUCAUGCGGUAGCCGAUAUCUACUGUGAAAAUUGCAAAACAACACUUGGCUGGAAAUAUGAACAUGCAUUUGAAAGCAGCCAGAAGUAUAAAGAAGGAAAAUACAUCAUUGAAUUAGCUCACAUGAUCAAGGAUAAUGGCUGGGAUUGAAACAGCGAUCCCUCUAAGAAGUCUGAGAAGAACAUCCAGCUGAACGUUAUACCCUUAGAAUGAUCGAGUAACUGAGUGCUUGGUUUCAUAUAAGUCAGAGGCUGUGCCGCAUGGAGCAUCCUCUCAGCCGUAAUCCAUCAUUCUUGGUGAAUGGCCUCUCAAUUUCUGACACUCUGUCUCUUUGCUUUGUAUCCCUUUUGUGAGUUGCCCUUGGCCUCAUCCUGCUCUUUCGUAGAGUUGGUUAAAGGAAAGAAUUAAGAGCCUCACAGCCCAGUCACUUCUUUUACUGUUAAAGUUGAUUUAAAGCUGUAUGUAUGGCAUAAGGAAUGAGACACACUGGGUGGGUGAGGUCAUGGAUUAAAACUGAAAAAAAGGAUGGAGUUGUUGCUAGUAAGUCAGGGUUGUAUGGUGGAAUUUUGUUAAAAGGUUCUUUCCUAAGGAAGGGGAAAACCUUGCUGCUUACUUUCAGGAAAUGCUUGGUUAUGAACAUCUACCUUGCAGAUACCAAAAAUGUAUAUGUCCAAGAAAGUACAAAGACCGGAACUACCCCUAUCCAUGGUAAUGCUGCAAUCCAAUUAUAUUGGAUAUGGCCAAAUGGUACUUUCCCCCUCCUACAUCUAUUAGAAUGAUUUAACACAAGAUCAAUGAAUCUUGUUUGGUUUAUGGGGUUUUUGUUGGCAUUAUUAUUUUUCCCAAACUGCACCUUAAUCCCUGCACAUUAUAUACUGAAUGUCCAGAUUCGCUACACCAGUAAUGAUGUAGUCUUCACUGAAUAAAUCACCAAGGGAACAUUACAGAUUGUACCUGAUAAAAAAAAUAAAAAAAUAAUAAUAAUUAAGACCCAAUAAUUUUCAUAAAAUGGGGGUCCAGCAUCUGUCACAGUACAGAGUAUGAAAUGAACAUCCAUCUACACAGCAGCUUACGUGCUGUACCACAGCACUGAAUCACCAGAUGCACAGUCAUCAUUGUGGAUUAUUCGCACAAGUAUAAACUAGGAGCCAAAUAUUUAAUUUACUUUCUAAUAGAGAGCCCAAAAAGGUGCAUAUUUGAGUUUUUAGAUUAAACGAUGGGGAUAAGUAGUAACUGUAUAACGUAUAUUAUAAUUUGCCUUUUGCCUCUAUUGAUCUGGGUGAUCAAUAGUCAUACUGAUAUGAAAAAGAUAAUAUGCAAAAUAAAAAAACAAUAUAAAUGUCAUGCCAGUAUUCUAUUAUGGUUUUUUUCCCAAAUUCCUGUGCUAGUAGAGUUACAGGAAUCUUUCAAAACAGAAGAGAAUGUGUUUAUUUUAAGGCCUUUCCUAAAGCUCUUUCUUCCUUCAGGCCUAAUUUCACAUGCAAAUAAUAUAUUCAAGCAAACAAAAAUGUCAAUAUAUUUGUCGCGUGUUGUCUUGUACUUUGUAUGCCAGAUUAGCUUGGUGGCAGAUGCAAAAACGAUGAAUGGAUGAUGAAAAGGGUGACGAGGCUUCCCUUUAAGGAAGGAUUGCGUAUGGAAGGCAUUGAGGGUAUUGCAGUCCUCUGAUCCGUUUUUGUUUUAAAUUAUGCUCUUAUGAAAGGAGCCAUCUGGCCACUCCUAGAAAAGAUAAAAAUGGGUAACUAAUUCGUGUAACCGGCUUGUUAACCCAUAAAACCAUUGACGCAGAUGGCCAAUGAUAAACACUUUUUACCAACUUCAAGUUCUCAAAACUCAAAAACAUUGAGUGUUAUAUUACUAGUUUUGUUGGUUUCAAGUGCUUCCAGCCUUCCAAAAUGGCAGAAGAAUCAAAGCAACAUAAUGCACCUGCUCAACAAUAGCAUGUUUCAUAUAAUUUAAGGCCAUUUUUACCCCUUUCCAUAGACAUGACAUGACAUGCUUUGAAACUGUUUCCCAAAAAAUUUUAUUUGGAGCAUUUCAGAAUAUAACCAAAUUCACUUCCUGCCAUCCUAAAGGCAACUUACUAGGGUUUCCUUGCGUAUUUCUCUUUGAAAAGAGUUUCAGAAAAAAUGUAAAAAAAAAGAAAAAACUACAGGUUAAAUCUAAGAAAAAAAAAUUGCCCUUUUCUUUCUAGAUAGUUUGGACUUCACUGACAUUCAAAGGAUUUAUAUAAAGAAUGUGCCUUUCUGUUGCCCAUAUUAUAUUAGAACUGGUUUGCACAGGCCAAAGGUAUUUAAAAA